AUGGCGUCUGACACUGGCCUCGUCAACCCCCUCUUCCAUCCUUUUCUCUUCUUCUUCCAGAUCUUCCAAUGGCUCACGGACAAACUCCUCUCGCCGAAGCCACCGAGUGAAAACGCGAGGAUUGGGCGCAAUAGACCUAAGAUUGCAGUCAUUGGGGCGGGAAUUACGGGCGUUACGAGUGCGGCUCAUUGUAUUGGCCAUGGCUUUGAUGUUGUGAUUUUCGAAGCUGGCUCCAAGGAUAAUGUUGGUGGUAUUUGGAGUAGAGUCAAUGAGACGUCUGGGCUUCAGAUCCAUUCGUUGAUGUAUCGAUUCCAUCCUUCUGUUCAGUGGAAUCGUGGGUAUCCCGACCGUCAGCAAAUUCUCAGCCAGGUCCGACAGCUCUGGGAGCGUUAUGGCCUCAAAGAGAGAACGCGCUUCAACACAAAAAUUGAUCGCGUUUACCAAGAUGACCAGGGACGAUGGAUUGUGAACGACCCUUCCCUCGGACGCUUUGGCGGUGUCAUUGCUGCGGUCGGAACUUGUGGCGCGCCAAAGAUGCCAAAGAUCCCUGGCAUGGACAACUUCAAAGGUCCUAUUUACCACUCUAGCGAACUCACUGGAAAGGAUGUGAAGGGUAAGAAAAUGGCCAUCAUUGGCGGAGGUGCCUCUGCUGUUGAAGCGCUUGAGUUUGCCUUCACAGAAGAUGCUGCCAAAGCGACUAUUCUAUCACGCUCAGACAAGUGGAUCAUUCCUCGCAGCAUGGUCGUCGAUACACUUCUGAGCUUCAACAUUUUUGGCCAGGAGACAGUUUUAUCGUUUAUCCCAGAGUUCUUUCUGCGCAAGUUCUUCUACAGAGAUCUUGAGGAUAUUGCGCCCGAUAAGAGCCACGGUUUGUUCAUGGAGACACCUAUGGUUAACUCUGAUAUUAUGGACAAGCUGCGCGAGGGUAGAGCUGAAUGGGUUCGCUGUGAUAUCGAUGAGUUCGUCGAGAGCGGUAUUCAAGUUAAUCGACGCGCCAAGGGUGUGCCGCAAGGUGGUCCUGGUCACGAGGAAGUCAUCGAUGCUGAUAUUGUCGUUAUGGCUACUGGUUUCAAGCGACCUUCUCUUUCUUUCCUACCCAAGGAUUGCUUCGAGGAACCCUACCCACCGCCGAAUUGGUAUCUCCAGACCUUCCCACCCACUCACCCCUCGGUCUCAGCCAUCAACUGCACAUAUGUCAACGCUAUCGGCACCGUCGGAAACUGGCACAUUGGUAUCUACACUCGAAUCCUUCUCAUGUUCCUCAUGGAUCCGUUCUCUCGACCUAGUCCCUUCUGGAUGCAGCGCUGGAUCGAUAUGACCAAGACACUCAAGCUUACCAGUCCAACUCCCGCUUUCGACUUCUUUACCUACUUGGAGUUGAUCUGGUGGUUCUUCUUCUGUGUGGUUAUCAACCCUUUCCGAUGGAAGUGGGCUAUCUUUGUCUUCUUUGGUGUUGGGUUUGGACUCCCGAAGCUGGUGGUGAGUCAAGAGGAGAGGUUCACGAAUGGAAAUGGGUACCAUGCUACAGAUGAGGGCAGAAGCUUUUAG